AUGCCGGCCUUGGUAGCGGGCAAAGAACCCAGCGACUUUAACGACUCCACAGGCCAAUGUCGAAACUCUGGCGGCCUCCAUUGGCAAUGGACGAAUACUAUGCGAAUACUGCGAGUAAGUCGGCUAAGUAUGGCUGACGAUGCUCAGGCUAGUUGCGAUCUUGCUGUUCUCGAGGAUGACGUUGCUCCAAGUCGAUGGAAGCCGGAGAUGUGA